UUAAUACUAAACAAACACUUGAAAUAAAUCAAAUCGUUUAAAUAAUCGUAAAUUGUGUCUCAAGUUUGUUAUUAUUUGUCAGGUUGGUAGUAAUGUUUUUACGUCAAAAAAUUUUCCGGUAAUUACGCUUAAAACAAAAUUUUUUUGUGCUACAAUGUAGUGGUGAUGGUUUAGUUUCGUUGAUUUUGUGUUUUUGGGGCUGCUUGUAUUUUUUAGUAAAUACCUGACGUCACUUCGGCCCGAAGUUGUCCCCGUGUGCGCAUGCGCCCUUCCAAGGUCGUUUGAAAAGUGGCAGGUUAUAUGAUUCGAGUGUACCAAUGGUCUAAUCCCCGGAAAAGACUUUUUUAAUCGUCUGUGUCCCCAACUUGGGGUGUUGUUUAGUCCGUGUGAUGCCCGGAAGUCCGGAAUAGUGGCAGUUUUCCGGUGCUUCGUCGCGAUGUUGUGUCACGUGACGUCAUCGGUUGUCAUUUGUUCGCAAAAUGUGUUGUAAUGGCCGUCGUUGAAAAUGUGGAACAGUUCGCGUGAAAAAGCCCCCCAGACGCCCCAAAACAACUAAAAUUGUGUGUUUUGUAGACUUGUAAAUUUGUACAAAUGUGACAGACAGUUUGAUGCUCGAUCGCGAUGCGUCCCUUGCCGUGAACGAGUGCUCCAUUUCGAAGCGUUGUCGGUGCGGAAUGGCCCCCUCGCCGGAGAACGACUCUGCCCCCAAGGCCCCUGACAAGCCCCGACACGACAAGUGUGGCCCUAAGGAGAACAACAAGGACGACAAGACUUUGUCCGAUUUGAACGACGGCGAACUCAAGGGGCUGUUGGACGAAGCCCUGAAUUACAAGAACCCCAAAGACAGGGAGGGCAAGAGUAAACUGUUCAAUCACCUGUUGAACGAGGCUGAAGAAGACGAGAGGAAUGCACGAGCAGCUCGUGCCGGGGGCUCCGAAUUGGUCAGAUAUUGUAACCCCUCAGCAAAGCGAAAUUCAAGACAUCGGAAAAAACCGAGCUCAAUUUCGGAGAAUAUGAUGCACGGAGGGAGUCUCGAUAAUUUGGCCAAAGAGGAGCUCUUUGAGACUUCCAAACAUAGGACCAAAAAGAGUGUGAGUGCGAGACAACGAGAAGGGGGGAGUCUACCGUGUAAUGUGAAUUCAAGCACGAUUGGCCCCGAAUACCAAUUUCUUGAAGAAGCUCGCAAGAAGAAACAAAUGUCGGAGAAGAAACCAGAAGUUGUUGAAGAACAAAGACUCCUCGAACACGAUACUCUCGAUCAAAACUAUCAAGAGAAAAGCAACGAAUUGCAACAACAGUAUAAAUUUACAACACGGGCCUCUCUUCAAGUCAAUGUUUCAGAAUACGAAGACAUUGAUCGAAAUCGGACCGUGGAAAAGCAAGGGCUGCAACCGAGAGUACCAGUUUUCCAUGUAUUGAUGUCUAGGGGCGGCCCUUAUAACGAGGUGGACGGCCCCAUUCAAAUCCCCCAUUUGGAGCAGACAGUCGAUAGGAAAAAUUGCGUUCCGAAUAAAUCGAUUGCACAAAUUGUAGGGCCUGAUUGUGCUGGAACAAUUCGUAUUUCGAAUGAGUUGUCAAAGGUGGACGAAAAUGGUAACGCCCUUCAUCAAACGUCGCUAAAAGCAAAGAAAAAGAAAGUUUUGACCGAUAAAAACGUUGUUGUUUGUAAUGCCGAAAACGUAAAGGGGCACCGUAGCGACAUCAUCAACGAUAUGGAAAAACUAAUGGAGUUUAUCGGUAUUCCCAAUGACCAAUCUGAGAAAAAUCGCUCGAUUAAAUCGAAAUUAAAUCGACAUUCGAGCGACGACACCACCAAAUCGAAAAAACGUGCACAUUCGUCUAAAUCGAAAGACAAUCGAUCGAAAUUGAAAAAGAGCAAUUCACUCGGUGAGAUUUCCACGACGAAUUUAGACGAUUUCGAGUUUAAUAAAGACAAUGUUGUCUUACGGAACAAUAAGAAUGUUAUUGAUAAGCCUCGCGAACGUCGUUCGUGGGGUAACAUGGAGCCUCUACCCCUUCAAAAUCUAUACAAUUCGGCUGAGAAUCUUGAAAGUGCCGAAUUUCGUGUCGUCACCAAGAAAAAGAAGAGUAAAAAGCGUCACAAUUCAAUCAGCGGUCGUACGAAAACAUCAUCUAAUCCUAAUUCGAAAAGUAGCGUUCGUGGACCGUCACCACGACGUAAAUCGGCGUGUUCAGUGCCCCAUAGCGAGAAAUCAAACGAUUCAUCAGAUGUCGAUUCGGUGCAUUCGUUACCUAUUGAUACUCAAAGACUUGAUUUGGCAACGUCGAGACCGAUUUCGUAUGCUGAUAUGGCGAAAACAAACGAUAAACAAACGAAAGAGAGAAAAUUGAGCGAUAAAAUUGUGCCAAAAGAGACAAUUACGGACGGUAGAUGUGCAAUUAUUGCCACCGUUCCCGUGUGUGAUUCUAGUGUUAGAAAUACGCCACCUGAUUUUCAUAAUAGUAAGAAUUUUCCAGCGAUUACGAAACAAGUGUACGUCGUCGCAACCGAUAAAAACAAGUGUAGCAAUAAGGUGAAAAAUGUGAAUGUGAAAAACGUUAAAAAUAACGUUAAUAAAAUGGGCGGAGAACCAACGAAUGAGUUUAAGCCGCCCCCCAAUCAGGAGGAUUCCGACCCGAUGAUGGGCUACAGCAGUUCCUUACCGCCGGACAUCCCCGACGUUCAAACAAUCGAAAAGAUGCAAUUGAUGAAUCAAGGUUACGACAGCCCCCUUAACAACGGCAAUGACUGUAGUGUAGACUGUGAUAAUCCAUGUGAAAGAACUACGAUAGAUAACAACCAUCAUCGUCCUCCGGUCGUCAUCUUGAGCGGUUUAGGCAACAGCAAAGAGGUGCCGGGAUUGGUGUUCGGUUUCGAUAUAAACGAACAACUACUUUCCGAAGAUAACAAUAAAGAGUUUUGUUGCGACGAUUUCAUUUCGCGAUAUGUCGCACCGGAAACAUACACGACAAAAUCGCACAAUCACGAUAAAAUUGUCCAUUUUAUUGGUGCAGCCUGGGAGGAAGCACUUGUGAAUUUAUCGAACGGUAAAGUGCAGUACUAUGAUGACUUGCUAUAAAUACUAGUCAAAUUGUGUAUAGUGCAAUUGUGGGAACAAUGCUCGAAAAGGGUGACUAUUUAUUUUGAUUUUUAAUUUAUCAAGGGGUCGAUUAAGAUAUAAAUAAUGUAAAAUUUGUAACAUAGCUGUAUUAUGUACCAAAAUUGUAGGCUUUUUUGAUUUUUGAAGACGCUGUGCAUAGUGUAGGAGAGACACGUCGUAUCGCUGUAGCGUUUGUAUAGAUUAUGGAAGAAAAAUCAUAAAAAAAUGUUUGAUGUAUAUUAGACAUGUAUAUCGGGCGUAUUGUGGCAUUUAAGUGGAAUUGCAACGUACAAUGCGCCCCCAUCUUAAAUAGAUAUCACGUUAAAGUUGGUCUUUAACAUUGUUUAUUUAUUUUUUUGAUUCAAACCACGGUUUUACUCUUUGAAAAUCACAAUUUCAAACAGCCAAAACCGUAAUUAAUUAAUGUAAAAUAGUUGUAUUCAAGUGCGCUAAGUCAUUUUGAUUUUUUUGAAUAACUAGAGAGUCUAGCUAGUAAUGCGCUAGAUUUUAUACCGAUGAUAUAAUAAUCGAAUCGACGGCUCUGGCAACUGUAGACCGGCUCGAUUUUAUUUUUGUUGUAAAGAGAAAUUGUUAAAUUCAUUUCAAGCUUGUACUUACUCGUACAGUUGUCUCUCUUUGGGUAACUUUAAGUUUGUAUUUGAUUAAAAUUUAUUGUUACACUUUUAAAUAUGUUUACCGUGAACAGAAUUUAACUAUGUUCAUUGCUUUGAUAAAAAUAUACGAUUAUUUAUUCAGA